AUGUCUUCGAAGUUGUUAAUGGUCAACAGGCUAAACCAUAUCAAUAACUUCAACUUCUUCUUCAAUAAUACCAAAAAGCGCCUCGUGGUAUCCCAGAACUUUCUCAAUAAUCAAUACCUCCUUAAUCAACGUCACCUUUACAAGAAUUCACAACCUGCUUCCCAAUCAGCAGACAGCAAAAGAGUACUACAUGAAGUGACUUCCAAGGUUUUGACAUGUCAAGAUUCGCACAUUCCAUUCAAAGUAACUCCAAAAAAGGUGGCCAUUGAAGAAACUUCCCUCAAAGCUUUAAUUAGGCCAUAUAUCAAAUUGACCAAACCAAACUUAACGGUUCUUGUUAUGUUGAGUUCAAUAAGCUCGUACGCAUUGUCGCCCUACACAGUUUCUAUACAAGAGUUGAUGUUUCUUGCUAUAGGGACCACCUUAUGCUCGGGAGCUGCCAAUGCUAUAAAUAUGGGAAGGGAACCUGAAUUUGAUAGAAGAAUGGUCAGAACUUCAAACAGGCCCAUUGUAACAGGACAGUUGACGAGCACUCAGGCAUAUCAAUUUGCAGCGGCUACGGGUGCUCUAGGUGCUAUCAUGCUCAACUAUGGAGUCAAUCCCACCGUGGCAAUCUUAGGAGUAAUGAACAUUGUAUUAUAUGGGGGGAUAUACACAACUUUGAAACGAAAAUCCAUCAUAAAUACAUGGGUGGGUGCUUUGGUGGGCGCCAUUCCCCCUUUAAUGGGAUGGGCCGCGUCGUCCUCCUUAUGGCAUCCGGGUGCUUGGUGUUUGGCGGGUUUGCUAUAUGCCUGGCAGUUUCCUCAUUUCAACUCGUUGUCACACAACAUUGCACAACAGUAUAAAGAUGCAGGGUACAUAAUGACGGCUGCUGAAAAUCCGAGACUUAAUGCUAGGGUGUCUUUGAGAUAUUCUUUAUUGAUGUUUCCAAUAUGCUUUGGGUUAAGCUACUUUGAUGUUACUGACUGGAUGUUCCUGGUGGAUUCCUCUAUUGUAAAUGCCUGGCUAGCAUACCUUGCUUAUCAAUUUUGGAGCCAACAGAAGAUCAACUACCAGUCUGCGAAAGGUCCUACAGUGGAAGGUUUACAAAAGGCUAAUGUACAUGCUAGAAAACUUUUCUGGGGCUCGGUUUACCAUUUGCCAGCAGUACUAAUGUUAGCCAUGGUCCACAAAAAGGGCCAAUGGGACAGACUUUUCACAUAUUUGGGGAUAUAUGAGGGUGAAAACAAUAAGACACUUGCAUAA